AUGGAAAUGAGUCUAGGAGCUACAGAGCUUUCCGUGUGCUUCUCGGUUUUAGCUGAUGAAACCACAGAUAUAUCUGUGACUGAACAGCUUGCUCUGUGUGUUAAUGAAAGCUUUCUUAAGUUCAUUCAAGUGCAUAGCUUAUCUGGAAAAAACUUGGCAGAUUCUAUUUUGAAUGGUUUAAUAAGUUGUGGAAUAGAUUGUGAUUUUUUGUAUGGGCAGGGUGAUGACGGAGCAAGUAACAUGUCUGGUCAAUUUCAGGGUGUACAAGCACAUAUAAGAUCCAAAUACCCUAAAGCACUUUAUGUGCAUUGUGCAGCCCAUUCUCUAAAUUUAGCAGUUUCAACUGCUAGUAAUAUUAAGCCAGUUAGAAACUGCUUAGGAAUUAUUGAAAAAUUAUAUGUAUUUUUCAAUACUCCGAAACGAAAUGCAGUACUUUUGUCAGCUAUUGAAAAUAGCAAUACUGAUCAAAAAGUUAAGACACUUAAAAGGUUAAGUGCAACGCGCUGGGUACAGAGGUAUGAUUCUGUUCGUGAUUUUAUUGAACUUUUUGAAUUUGUAGUAAACGCUUUAGAGUGUAUAACUGAAUGGAAUGAUUCUUCAGCUACAGAUGCAACAUUACUUUUAAAAUCAUUUGACUCAGAAUUCAUUAUUUCUGUUAAUAUUGUUCAGCUUAUGUUUUCAUUCGGAUUACCCUUAUGUAAACAAUUGCAAAAAAUAAAUAUUGAUUUAAAGGAAGCUAUCAAUUUAGCACAAGACACUGUUGAUGAAUUGAAGACAAUUAGAAAUAAUUGUGAUGAUGAAUUUAAUAACAUAUUUUCAAAAGCAAAGAAAAUGGCUGAUAAGGUAGAGGUAGAGUUAAAAUAUAAAAGGUUGGGGAAAAGACAAACCAAUCGAGCUAACCCAUUAACUGAUCAAACCAUAAGUGUUUUGGAUGUUUGUUUUCAAGUAGACAAAAAUAAUUCAUUAACAGAGUUAAGACUUUGGCGAACAAAACUCAGGAGAACUAGCUGUAUACCUAAAACUGGGAUUGAUGCACUUACAGAAUGCAACAAAGAGAUAUUAUACCCUAACAUUUAUUUAUUAUUAAAAAUAUUGUGUGCAUUACCCGUAUCUACCACUACUCCUGAACGUAUGUUUUCAGCUCUAAAAAGAGUUAAAACAUACCUACGGAAUACUAUGACUGAAGAUAGGUUAAAUGGGUUAAGUAUGUUGGCGGUCCAUAGAGACAUUAAAGUUAGUCCUGAAGAUGUAUUAGAUGAUAUUGCUAAAAGACCAAGAAAAUUGGAUCUAGUUUUGUAA